UGGACUUGUGGGCAACAGACUCAGAUUUCCAUAUGCGGGGAAAGAAUUGGGAUUUGGUGGUAUGAGUUUGGUUUGGAAUGGAUUCCAUUUCCUCUCAAGUUGAACAGAAAAUGUGCCUAACCGUUGUCGCAAGAAUUCUCCUUUCUCUUGUUGUUCAUCAUGAAGAUCAAUUUAUUACUGCUGCUCUCAUGGUGCUUCUUUACCGCAUCAGCCUUUGAACUGACGGAAGACGAAUACUUGAAAAUGAUUCAACCGCCCACUCUCAAACAACACUGUCUCAUUUUUCAAGAUGGCUUCAAUCAUUUGGAUCAUAAGAAGUGGGAACAUGAAGUCACCUCGGAAAAAGAUACAGGAGAAUUUCAGACUUUCACCAAUAACCGCUCCAACAGUUUCAUCGAAGCUGGCAUUCUGUAUAUCAAACCGACAUGGUCAUCCGAUGCCGAGUCCAUACAGCCUUUACGACGUCACAGUCAUAUGAGUCUACCGCAUCAACAAAAGCUUGACAUCUGCAGUGACACCAGUGACCAAACUUGUUCACAGUCGACCGCGAACACGCUACCUAAGCACCGUAUCCAAUCAGCACGGCUUCGAACUCGUCAGUCGAUGAACUUGCGGUAUGGCAAAGUCGAGGUCCGUGCACGAUUGCCCGUCGGUGAUUGGUUGUGGCCAUCCAUCUGGAUGUUACCCAAAGAUUCGGUUUACGGCUCGUGGCCUGCCAGUGGAGAGAUUGACAUUUUGCAAUCGCGGGGGAAUGUCAAGUACGAGCAUGGAAACACCACGAUGAUCAGUUCCACUUUACAUUGGGGCCCUCAUGAAAUGCUCAAUCGAUAUGCGCAGACGCAUGCAGAAGCCAUUCUCGAUGAUAAUACCACAUUUGCCGAUCAUUUUCAUACAUAUGGUCUUGAAUGGUCCAUGGAAGGUUUACGUACGUCUGUUGAUAAUCGAACAGUGCUUCAAGUGGAUUUUGAUCAGCCAUUCUGGAAUCGAGGCGAAUUUCCGAGCUGGUCCAUGAAUCCGUGGACCGAUGGUGAAAUUGCUGCACCGUUUGAUCAAGAGUUUUAUUUGAUCUUGGAUGUCGCGGUAGGCGGUACUACGGGCUAUUGGCCAGAUUCACCUUCAAAGCCUUGGCGUAACAAUGAUCUUGACGCUGCAGAAAAAUUUUGGAGCAAGCGAGAUGAAUGGAUAGAUACCUGGGACAAUACAAAGAAGGGUGCCUUUGCCAUCGACUGGGUGAAAGUUUGGUCCGCCGAUAUGGAUUGCUAAAGGCCAAAAUUAUCGCUUUUCCCAUAAACUACUUCAGUCUAAUUGUAAAACCUUUGUGUAAAUUGCUUCAUCACUCAUUGGAUACUACGGCUUUGCAUUGGGAUUACCUCUUUAUUUCAUGCGUCCAUUGUCGGAGCUUUCAAUUUCGUUACCAAGCGAGUUUCCAAGCCAGCUAGCCUAAAAUGAGCGAUGGUUUCAACUGAGGGCUCCCAGUGUUUAUUGGAUCUGGACUCUGGGUCUUCUUUCAGCCAAUUUCGUAUUUUAAAACCCGAUGACAAUGCUCAUCACAGUAGAUGCAAACGUUGCAAUAAGGUUCCUUUCUGGCCCACGGAUGUAUCUACU